UGCAUCCCGAGCGGCGAGUUGGAGCGCCGGAGCCGCGCCGGACGGAUGCUCUUACUGCAUGCUGGAAACGUCCCGUCAUUGUCGGCAACCACCCCCCCGCCACCGACACGGCUCGACGUCGGCUACGAUAGCGCAUCUCGGUGGAUAACCCCGGCUACUCCAGUCCGACUGUUGGGAUUCUCUGGAGCUGUUGCGACUCCGUUUACCGCUCGUUCAUUUAAUUCGCGUGCUUUUUUUUUUCUCGCUCGAACUACGAAAGUUCGCGCGGACUUGGAAACUUUUUGCGCGCCGUGGCGGCGACCGGAAAGUGGCUUCGCUCAGUGUGUAGGAAGUGAGUAGAUAUUUUGCGCGCGCGUUGAGCGUAUCGGAAAUAAUCUUUUUUGUCUGAGGUUGAAAGUUCGCGUGGAAGAGAAAACGUUUGGCGUGGGUGGGCUAGAAUCAGUCUGAAUCCCGAAAAGCUGUUCGAUUCUCGCAUCUUGCCCGUAUAUUUUAUUUGUAUUUACUGCUCGACCUUUGAACAAAAUUAAGAACGCCAUUAAGCGAGCGUAUGCGGGAGUAGUCUUCUGAAUUAAACUAGGAAGUUCUUCGGGGCUCCUUUUUUUUUCCUGUCCUUAUUUUUACAUCUUUCUUGGUCUCUCUUCUACAGCUCCAAGACGCAAAACUGUGCCCUAAUAGUGUCAGUAUCCCAUAAGUUUUGAGAAAUAGAGGGCUCUUUAGAGAUCAGGAAAGCCAUUUGUAUUUUUACGGGUCUCUUCUUUUCUCUAUUUUAUGUAGACGUGUACUUCCUGCCGGAAGCCCCUGCAUCGGAAAAUGCAGAUGAAACAACGCUGAUCAGAAAUAUGUGAGGAGCGAAGGUAGCUCGUUUGAAUCCUUGAAAAACAAAAAAACUUUCUGUGCGAAAGCUGGCAUCGCUUUUACACAUUUCAAGUCGGAAUAGGUAGUUCUGGUCGGAGGCCACGUAAAUACAUGUUUUCUUUUUCGAAAUAUUCACAUUUGCUACGCUAACCAAGAAAUUACGCAAGGAGAAAGAUCUUCGGUAGCACGACGAAAUUGGUAUUUCCGUGGCCAUCAACCAAAUCAGCUUCUUAAUAUUUGUCACUUCGAAAAAGUUUGCCGAACAACUCUGCCUUGAAGUUCAGAACCAGACAACCGCCACCACAAACUCUAUAGGGAAUUUUUUUUUUUCUUGCUUGUAACUGCGAAACUCCCCAUGUUUUAUUCGCUCACCACCGUGGAUGUUUCAGUUUGAUUUUCGAGAAAAAUAUCCGCAUUUUAAAGCUUGUUUUCUGCGUGAUGACUGAUUUGCGGUGAAGUGUUCAGUACUGAAAAAAAAAAAAAAGUGGACAAGCUUGUGGCACCGGAACCUACCAGCCGUGAACGUUCCAUUACAGUCCCGAUUGCGUGAGAGAGGAUUUCUGGAAACGAGUGUAUGCGAAGAAUUUUUGGACAAGCUCUUGCCAGAAAGAAAAAAAAGAAGUGUGCGAAAAAUACGGCAGCUUUAACAUCGACGAGUCUCCGACCAACGCUUCGAUUCGGUCUGGGAGUCCAAUACGCAGGGCCUGACGAACCAUCUCACACGGUAUACAGAUACCGUACGCUGGUGACACCGAAGCUCCGCAGACCCUGCAAGUAGCUUUAUAGAUCUUCCGAGAACGCUCCAUUCAAAGCUGAGUGAAACGGUCUUCUCCAGUUUCUUUCAAAUGCGUCUGAUGACGUCGAGCGCGUCUAUCUAGGUGGUUAGUAUACUCGGCGACAUUUUUUUUUUUUUUUUGCAGUGCUGUGAAAGCUACCGGACCGAAACGCAGCGUCUCUCUAACUCGGCCACGAGAGGUUUUCCUAACUUUAUUAAUUUUCGCAUUUCUCUAGCUUAAAUAAGUUCUACUUCAUUUAUUGUUAAGUUAUGACUAUUAUGGGAAGUCGCGCAUGAUAUUAAACUGUUGUACACUUUGGAAUAUCAUUCCUUCCGUUUAUUGUUUUUUUUUUUUCCUUUCUUGGACUCCGCCAUGUUUUCGGCACGCCUGCUCUGUACAGUAAACAGGGCACGGACGAUGACGCAACCAAGCUGAAAGGCACGUUCAUCGCCGAAUUCCCACAGUAAAUACACGACUCCUGGACAACAACAGCGUAGGAACAGGAUCUUGUGUGCUGUCUAUUUCACUGCGAAGUUUAAUUGCUUGACACAUCACGAAAUUCAAGGCAAGACGCAAGUUUGUCUCUGCGAAGUCGUCCCGGAAAACAACGUGAAGACGUUACGUUAAAAAAAAGAUUCCUUGACGCUGGCUAUCGCCUGGCAACUACGCAAGAAGAGAUUAGGCGUGUAGGCUGCGUUCUGAAGUCCAGAGUUUGUCAUACAUUUUCAUAAAAUGACUGUAUUUUGACAUGCGCUAAUACGUGCUCUUGUUAGUACAGGAAUGAAUUUCUUAAAUGGCAAAGUUUCUGCUAUACGUUUUCGAAUAAUUUAGCCAACACGAGCAAGAAGCCGGUUAAUAAGGUGACAUAAACUUCGGAGAACGAGCAGCAUUAGAAGUCAAGCUGCGAGAUGGGUAUUAAGGACCUGAAAGCCAAACAUGGUAUCGCCAUUAGUCCUGAAUUCCUACAUGUCUAUAAAGAGAGGAACUAGCCAUAAGUACUUGCUGCAAUCUUCGGAAACCUUGCAAAGCAGAAGCGCACAAGUGACCCGCAGACUGUACCAGUAAUAGGUGUUGACGCGUGACUAGCUGUAUCUCGUUAUCAGGUAACAACAGAUGCAAACGCACACAUAUCGUGUUCUGUCAUCGUGCUAUCGGAAUUAUUCCCUGAAGAUACCGCCAUCUGUUAAUUAUACUCUUCUGAGUGCUGCAAAAGGGUAUUGUGCAGCCAAAUGAGAAUAUAAGUUCUUCAGAAAGCGUCCAACUUCAGUCGACUCACAUGUUCAUUCCCAAGAAGAGUAUGGCAGGCAAGCUUACCAGCUAGCCUUCAGUCUAUCACUCGAGUGAUACGCACCGCAGAAGAAAGAAACUCGAAUGUUCGUUCCGUGGCCACCGUCUACCAUGGAGGCCCCUAUCACCCAAGACUGCUUCACUCUCAACGACACUACAAUAGUCACCGACUGCGAGGGAUUGGAUGCCAACACCAGUUGGCGCACGCCAUCGCCCGAUGGGGAGCCGUCGUGGAAUCAAACCUCCCUGCAGUUACCCCCGGGCCACGUCUACUUCGACUAUCCCGAAGAAAUGCUGGAGCCGUGGGUGAUGAACGAGUACUUCUUUUUCAUCGUGGUGACGUACUUGGUGACGUUCGCCAUCGGUGUGAGCGGUAACUUGGUGGUGAUCUCCGUGAUGGCGGGCGACAAGUCCUCGAGGAACGUCACCAGCGUGUUCCUCGUCAGCCUGGCUGUGUCCGACUUGCUCCUCCUCACAAUAUGCGCACCGCUGGAUGUGGCUCAAUACUUGGUGGUCCGGUGGGACGCCAGCGGCACGGUGUGCAAACUGGCCGCCUACGCCGAGACGGUGUCCGCCUUCGCUUCGGUGCUCAACAUGGUCGCUGUCACGCUCGAAAGGUUCGUCGUGAUCGUGUUCCCAAUCCACUCGCGCACCGUGUGCACCAUGAGCAACUGCAAAAGGCUCAUGUGGGGCGUCUGGCUCGUAUCCCUCGUCGUUGCCCUGCCCAUGCUCUUCGUAAAGAACGUGAUCCAGACAACGUUCACGAACUAUCGGGUGAACGUGACCAUCUACAGAUGCAAGGACGAGCACGACUGGCAGGGCCAGUCCGUGUCGUGGUACCGCCUUGUCACACUGUUCGCUCUACCGUCGGUGGUCAUGAUCGUCUGCUACUCGUGGGUCAUCCUAGAACUGUGGGUCAGCACGAAGACCAUGGACCAGCUCACUCAGUCCGCAAAGUUUAGUUACCAGUGCCAAGCUCCCACGACGCCGAGACUGGGUUCUCUUACCAGUCCAGCACAGCAGCAGCCUAACUGUAGGCUCAUCCUUCGGGGUCAUGCCAACUCCGACAUAAGGGACGUCAAGAGAGCACGCCAACAGGUCAUCAAGAUGCUCAUCCUCGUGGUGAUCCUCUUUCUGCUUUGCUGGGGCCCCCGGCUCGUCAUGGAAAUCGUCAUCAAGUGCUGUCUCAAUGUGUUCAACCACGGCGUGUACGCUGUGCGCGUACUCUUCUACCUGCUGCCGUUUGUGCACAGCUGCCUGAACCCCAUCGUCUACUGCUUCAUGUCCAGCAAGUUCCGACGCCGCAUGGUCCGAUGCUGCCACCGCACCUGCUUCGCACCUCGCUGCCGCGUCAAGUCCGCCACCACCAACAACCGUUGUUCGUCCAGAAACGGCACCACACGUCUCGGUUCGACGUACACGUUCACGUCGUACGCCACCUCGACGGUGGCCAUCCCGUCUUCGAUGACGCAGGUACCGGGCGAUCCGCUCGCUUUGUGACAAUCGCCCUGCCCGCCGCUGCACCAGCGCGGCGCUCUGCAGCUGAAAGCUACCGGUGCCAAAGUAGCCAAGAAGAAGAGCGCUAAGCAGCAGAAUCGUUGCAGGGACGCCACGAUUGAGGACUUCUUGUGAAUGGAUGAACAGAGGGACGGCACGUUUACUCGGAGAAAUGUGCAUAAAAUACUCGCGGCAUCACAUAGGUGAUAUCAAGGGUUCUGUGACAGUGAAGAAGCUCCGCAUUGGAGUCCAGGUGCGAUCGUUUUCCACGAAACGUAAAACGUGAGCCAGGUGUUUUUUGGAUUCUGUCUAGAACUCUUCACGGUGACUCAUUUGUGAUUUGGAGUGUUCUUGUCAAACAGUGACACGGAUACUUACGGACAUUGAUGCGUGUUCAGGAUGUGACGAAUUGCGUAAACUGGUCCCCCGGUGAUCCAAAGUGACUGCAUGUGCAAAGUGAGAGGGUGUAUUCAACCGCGCCAGCCGUUUAGGUUGAGCACAUUCAAACGGUAAUUUUGGAACCACGCUUCAGAUUCAUACACCGCGGCAUAAAGCUGAUGGAGCAGUAAUGUUUCUGAAAAAAAUUACUUGUUUGUGGAUGGUUCGGUCGUAACUUGACAGCGCAGCCCAUUUCUGAGCCUAAGGCACGCUACCACAAGUUAUUUGCAAUAUGAACGCCGCCGCAGCAUUUGUAGUGCUUAUGCUACAGUGUCGACCCUGAGAAGGACCCCAAGUGUAUAUAUUAGAAAGGAGCAAGGAAUUUUUCACUAAAUCUUUCAUUUACUCACUCGAAGACUUUAAAAAAAGUAAGCUUAAUUUGAGAGGUAAGGCGAUUUGCACUGACGUGAUAUACCAUCACCAGGAAAAUGGUGGAACACACACCUGCAGUUAGAAAUGUCCGUGUUAAUAGAAGGUUCGCGGCCUCAUGCUUUGAGAAACGUGUACAUAUUUAUGUUUAACGGCUUGCUUGAAAUCAAAAAGUGUCCAUGGAAUGUCGGGUGUUUCCUUUUGGGCGAGUGACGACAAUGUUGUAUUUUCCCCUCUGCGAGUCGUACUUCUGUAGGUUGCGACAUUCGAGAGCGUAACUUCGGUCCAUUAAAGCUAUAUUUCUCUUCAGGCUUCGGCGAAGCGGACCACUGUUCAGAGAGAAUCUCAUGAAUACAAUUUUCUUGAACGAAAUAGCGUGUUGCAACGCAUUUCUCCCAAUAUGUUUGCUCCAUGUCUGCGUAUGACUUGGAAAGGCUGUUUGUGAUUUGUGUGUAAAUGUGAGCGAAAUAUUACUGCGGUGGAGUGCUGAACUAUUCGUAAGUUCCCUUGCAUGGCUGUUUCUCCCAAUGACCCACACCGUGCGCGUCGUUUCUCACCUCGUUCGGAUCUGACUGAGCCAGUAUUCUAUCAGCCAUGUGGAUAUGAACGCCAUGUUCUUUUUUCUUCACUGAUAAUGAAGGCAUGAAAACCUGAGACAAGUAGACCUGCAAGCAUACUCUUCGUCAUUCGAGAUUGUGGUGUGCAGGCAAGCGGAAAGAAUGCCGUGCUGUAUUGCAUUGUUAGCGCUGUUUGUUGUUAGCGUGAUAAACAUGAAUGUGUUGGUAUGUCCUGUUUGUAAAAACAACAAAAACAAUAUUGUUCUCGCCUUCAAGUUAUCGUGUGAAACACUUGUUAUUCGUGUCUAAUGGUUGUGUUUUCCCAUGAUGCCGCGAUGGUUUCAACAUGUACUUUGUACGCAUGAGGGUUAGUUAAAGUUUCCUAUAAGAAAUGUCGCGCUCAAUAUGGCAGUGCUGAUUUAUCGUCCAUAAUUUUCCAAAAACUGGGUGGUGCAAUGUACCUAAAUAUUUGACUGGUGCUUGUUCUUCUGGUGCCAUUGAUAGUGUAAUGCUCCGAAUGCAAUGAUGCCAUUUGUUGUGAAUUUUGUCUUACCUAUGUCAGCUACUAGUUGUUAAAUGCAAGAAAACAACAAGGAAAUGACACUAACGCUAACACUGUUAUUACAGCGUUAGUAUUUCACUCCUAAUCACACUUAGUAGAAUAUAUCUCUAAUCACCUUUCUUGCGGUUUUAGUAUGCUAAAAGCAAAAGAAAGGACAAGGGUUGCUAAAGUAUAACGCGGCACAGAGCCAGUGCUAAACAUGUUCGGCAACACUUCUUACAAGCUUUAGGUAAGCAUACUGACGUUCGGCGUAUUUUAUGUUGUUACGUGCUUGUGAAAGUCUUCUAUUCCUGCCUGACCUACGAGCUCGAAGAGCUUCAAUAAACGAGCACCGCAAAGUA